AUGUUCUGUGCUCUUCAGUCGACUCGGUCUAUUUCCUCUUACGCGGUGCAAACGUUUUGUAUGAGGUUUGUAAUUUCUAUAACGGACGUGCUGAUCCUCACGAUUAAAUCGUCAGGUUCGACCUCGUCUACAAUACGUUCGGAGUCAGGAUUGUUUGGGUCUGAAAAUCUUACGGGUAAACUUGUCCGUGGGUUUGGGGCAGGGAGGUUUGACUGGUUCCCUCCAAGGUCCUCACCCUCUGUAACUAUGGACGCUAGUUCACUCUCGGAUGUCCCGCUCAUUAACAACCUAACAAUUCCCUCUAAAUGUGCGAAUAAUUGGUACGCGUCGACGGUGGCAAUGAGCUCGCGGCGGAGGUGCGUACAACAACGUUGGAAAUAUCGACACGACGCGGUGGCUUGGUCUCUCACGUAUACUAACGUAUACCCGACCGAUUAUUAUUAUUACGCGGCGGCGGCACAGACGUUUGGUUUCGCACACACGGUGAAUGCGUGCGUGUGCGUAAGUGUCGUCCGGUUCAGCGACACUAUCGACACGGCGGCGACGGCGGCCCGUGUAUUAUGA